UAGGAUUACGUCUUUCUUCUCUCUCUCUUUCCUUCAAAGUUGUUAGCAUAAUAACGUCAAGUGCUUCACCACGUUGAUAGUCAAUACGUGCUGUCGCUCCGAUCGCGUCACAUUGAUCAUAUUGAGUUAUAUUAAUGUAUCUGAAAUGUACGUAAAAUUGCAUAACGAGACUUACGUGCGCAUAUGCACACACGCGAACAAGAUAUAAGCGUGUGUUAUCAGCGAAUUUCCAUUAUUAGUCUUUCCGGAACUUAUCACGCUUAUCAUCUUCGUGAAUACGAAUCUCUUCGUAAUAUUUCAACGGGCAGUGAUCAGACGAAGAUCAGACAAGAAUCACGUUAGAGGUAGCAUUCAAGCAUCCCAAGUUGACACUUCCGAUAGAAACAAUUGUUGUGGCACUCGACAACUCGAGCAUCUCUCGAAAGCCACUUGCCUCGUAAUCGACAGCUUCUAGAGUAUCGAGUAACACACUCCUAAUAUGAAUCAUUGUUGAACUUGGCAUCUUCAAUUGUGCAGACGAACUUCGAUCGCAGGAGUCCCGAAGCAACCGUGGAGAUUCAGGAUGACGACUGAUAUCACAUCGAUGGUGGUGGACUAUCUAGUGUUCAUCGGGUUCAUCGUGAUUUCCUUCCUGAUACCGCUAUGGGGAAACUUCAAAACGAAGAAAAAGGAGACAAAGGCGAAUUACGUGUUUGCCACCGGCAGCGUGUCGAUGGGUGCGAUGAUGUUAUCAAUCGCCCGUGGAACCCUCGGUGUUAGGUCCUUCUUGGGUUAUCCUUCGGAACUGUAUUAUCGAGGUAGUGCCAUGUGGGAGACUCUAUACGGAAUGCUGUUGGCAUAUCCCAUCGUCUGUUUCGUCUUCGUACCUGUUUACUACAGCCUCGGCAUUACGUCAGUCUACCAAUAUUUGGACAUGAGAUUCAAGUCAAAACUAGUCAGAUGUCUGGCGAGUUUCUCUUACGUCGUAAGGAGUCUGCUAAACUUGGGAGUCACAGUAUUCACCCCUUGCGUCGCGUUGAAAGCAGUAAUAGGACUUCCGUAUUGGGCUAGUAUCGUGGGAAUAACAAGUAUUUCUGUGGUUUUCACGAUUAUAGGAGGUUUAAAAGCCGCUAUUCUGUCGGAUGUUAUACAAGGUUUGACAAUGAUUGGUGUAUCCGUGAUAAUCAUUAUACACGGAACUGUUAAUAUUGGUGGACCAGUUAACGUCUUCAAUGUAACUCAGGAACGUGGUCGACUGGAUUUUUUUAAUUUUGAUAUGGAUCCACAUCUUCGAGUAACGACGACAUCGGCGACAAUAGGACAGCUCUUCAUGAGUUUAUCUAUUUUUGGAUGUCAGCAGAAUUUUGUCCAGAGAUAUUGCAGUAUGUCCAGUCAUAAGAAGGUUGUCAAAACGAUGAUGGCCAACAUACCCAUAAUCACAAUCUUGUUCUCGUUAGCUUGGAUCGUUGGAAUGGUGAUUUUUGCUAAUUACGCCGACUGUGAUCCACUUAGUUUGGGAUAUAUUUCGAAGAUUGACGAGAUUGUACCAUUCUACGUCGAAGAUAAAUUCUCAAAAGUACCCGGAAUGCUUGGUCUAGUCAUGGCAACUCUUUUCAAUAGCGCCUUGACUUUGGCGGUAUCUAAUCUCAAUUCCCUUGCGACGGUGACUUUCGAAGAUUUCCUGAGUCACAUACCUGCAUUGAGUGAUAUGAAAGACACGCAACAGCUUCACGCGAUCAAAAUAAUCGGUGUUAUUUAUGGUUUGAUAAUAAUUGGCAUUAGUUUCUUGGUAGCCAUGUUAUCUGGCGUAAUAGAAUCUUCUAUGCUAAUGACGUCAGCAACAUCCGGACCUCUUCUUGGUGUAUUUCUCCUCGCUCUGUUGAUACCUUGUGCUAAUUGGAAAGGUGCCGCCGCUGGUAUGAUUUUUAGUCAUAUAACAACGAUGUGGAUCACUUACGGUCACCUCAAUCAGGGUAACGUACCUGAGAUGCUACCCCUAUCGACAGAGAAUUGCGACAAUGAGACGUUUUCCUCAUGGGUCGUCAGACCAAUUAGUCUAGAGUAUUAUGUAUCAAACGUUACUAACUGGACAACAAUGCCGAAAAACAUUACGCCAUCAUCUGUCAACGUAACCAAUGAAUCAUCUGAUCCUUUAAAUGUUCUUUACGGGAUCACCUAUAUGUAUUACGCUCUUAUCGGUAGCAUAACGACCGUCGGCGUUGGUAUCAUUGUAAGUUUAAUUACUGCCGAUGCCGAAGCUGACAAAUACGAAGAGCACUUGCUGCAUCCUACAGCACGGAAGAUAGCGGGAUUAUUUCCUGGAAAACGGAGGCUCUACGUCAGCAACAUUCGUCUUGGGAAUAAAAACGAUACAGACGUCACGAAUGCCACUCUUUCCUCUGUAAUGUCUAUUCCCGAUAGUGUCGAAAAAAUAACUUCUCCUCAAGGAUGCAUCGAUGAUAGAGGAAAGCUACACCUAGAUAAUAGCUAUGUGGAGAAAUUGAACGCGUUAAAAAAUGCUUCUCUCGACGUAACCAAUGAAAUUGGUAAGCAUACUAGAUUAUAAAUACUGCAAUGCAAAUUUGAAAAUGUUCUCCAUGCAUUGUUCGCAGUAUCACUAUCGACCAUUGAAUAAAAAAUCUCAACAUUUGCGAGAGUUAUACUAUAAUAAGUGAACAGUUGUUAGUGCCAAAUUUUAUUAUCCAAAUACGAUACACGUGAGUUUGUGACCUGUGCGCGUGAAACGUAAUUACGCGUAAGCAAAGUUUCCCUCCAUUACAGUGCUCGAGCUACUCUCAUAUUCAGCUCAAAAUAUUGCUCAAAUAGAAGCAAUUCAGAAAUGCAAUUCAUGAAAACUUUUAACUUGCGUGUGCCAAUUAAAGUUAACUACAAGACACGUAUAAGCUGCAUUUAGACAUGAACACGAUUUACUAGAGAAGAUUGUCAAGUACACAUGCUUUUGCUGACUGAGUUCAUGUCACUGCUCGCAAUGAAUGAUUUCUGUAUCUAAGCGAAGGUGCAUAGAAGUGAAAAUUAGUAUAAUUACUAUUAGCAACUAAAUACAUAAUUAUGUAACUUG